GGUGAUGAUUGGCCCACCUGUCCAUGCACGCUGCACCAAGCAGGUUCAAAUUCUUGAUCAGGAGGUCUCGAUGCCCCGACGGAUAGCACGGAUUGCUUCCCCGGCCAUUCAAUAUCAACUGGGAAGUGAAUCACAUACUCCCGGAGGUAUGCAGCUUUCCCGACUCGAAGUCAAUUGAAUUGGAAUCUAUACCCUUCCUCCCACCCAAGUAGCACCAGACUUUACCACAUAAGGCAGGGUGAAUCAAGACUUGACGACAAUGGAACACCCAACAAGCACCCACACCAACAGUCCUCCCCUAGACAGCAUUUUCCUCCUCCUGCCAAUCCUCCUCCUACCAACCAUAUUCCUCCUCCACCGUAUCCACAAAGACUACCAAGCCUUCCUCGCCCUCGGGCCCGGCGGCACUCCCUCGACCCCAACAGGCUACCUCCGCAUCUGCCUCCUUCGGCUCUUCACAAUCAGGGACCCCUUCGAACCACCCUCCCUUCCACUGACCCUCCUCCCCAAGACCGGCCUCCUAAACACCAGCAGCCUCCCCCAACGCCAUGGCCCGCGCCCCACCGUCGCGGGAAUCGCUCCCCAGCGCCAAAUGACCCAAAAAGCCAAUCCAGCCAUGUACGAGACCCUCUCCCGCGAGAUCCAGCACCUCGUAUCCCAAAACCCCGAGGCCCUCUACGAAGGGACCUCGUGUUUCGAAAAACAUAGCACGGGCAUGUUCUGCUCCAGCACCGACACCCCCACCAACACCCACCAACAAGGUGGAGGCACACUCAAAGACCGCGACAUCUCCUCACUGAUGAUGUCCCGCAACCAACAAUGGCGUCAUCGCCGCACCUGCAACGGAGAAGUGUGCCACGCGCAUCCCAGCGACGGAAGUCUGCAUCUAACGCUGCAUCCGGCGGACGUGAAAGUUGUGAUCGAACGGGGCUGGGGCCAGCGGCAUCCAUUGACGCGAGAGAGCUGGUGGUGGUGUUAUUUGAGGACCGUGCCGACGGGGUUCGUCAUGAUAUAUGCGCCGAGAAAUCAAGAAGAGUUGGAAUGUGUCUUGAAGAUCAUCCGUGCUGCUGCGUGGUGGGUGAGCGGAGAGGAAUUGGUGCAGCAGAUGACGCAGAAGCGGGAGGGUGGACCUGUUCGUCGUCAAGUUGUGGAGGGAUGCAGGUGAGGCUAAUGAGCAUAUAUAUUCAUAUAUAUACACUGUAUACACACGGUAGUAUAGUAUAUCAGUUCGCAUAUAUAUAGUAUCGCAGAAAGAUAGUAAGUACUAUGGAAUAAUUGGGACAGGGGAUGUGGGAUGUGGUAAUGUGAUGUUGUUGA